AUGCUGAGACAAUCAGACCUCAAAGGGGUCGAUAUAUCAAAACUAAGCGAGAGGAUAAUCACCUCACUGUUCGCGGACGACACAAUGAUAUAUCUAGGCCCCUCAGAUAGUAUUGAGGCCGUGAACAAAAUCACUGACACCUUCUGCCUGGCAACUACGGCCAGGUUUAACAAGUCAAAAACCGAAUACCUACCGCUAGGAAGCGUCGAACACAGAAACAAAGUGGUCAACGAACGCAAGUUCAACGGCUCAACAAUACCAGAUGACGCAUCAAUCAUUAAGGACGAUGGCUUACUCCGAACGCUAGGAGCAAUGACCGGACACAAUCCAAACGCGAACGAGAAAUGGGAAUUAGUACUUGAACGCACCAACCAAAUCAUUAGCGCAUGGGCAGAAUCUCACCCCUCCUACAGAGGCAAAGAGCUCAUAACAAAAGCACUUGUAAUGUCACUAGGUUUCUACCUAAGCACUGUGAACGGAAUGCCUCCACACAUUGCAGACCAACUCGAAAAACAAAUCAAAGACUUUGUAUGGGACGGCAAAGCCAAAGGAUACACCCAUGGACGAAAAGAGCCGCAUUAA